UGAGCGUGCGCCGGUUCACGUAGCCUUUCAGCUCACCGAGUUCUCCUGUUCCUUCCGGCGCAAGGAGGGGGAGAGGAGAGGAAGUUUGGGUCGAGUCCAACGGUCCGAACUCCGAAGUCCAAAGAGGGCAGGUCGAGUUGGGUGAUUCGGAUUUCGGGGUAGCCAUUUUUCUCCUCGGUUUCUCCUCUCCUCAACUCAAGCCUCCGCGCCACGCUGCGCGGCCGGCUAAAAUCCUCCGCCGCUCGCCGCUCGCCGUCGUCCUCCGCCUCCGCCGCCAUGGACACCAUGGAGCAGUUAAAUCGGUUGGUGAGGAUGGUGGCGCGAGGAUUCUAUGAGGACGUCUCGCUUGAGGAAGACCAGUCCAAACCCAACGGCAGCGGCAGCUGUGGGAUUGUCGUCGUCGUCCUCGAUGCCCUCACCAGGCAACAGUGGGUCCGGGAGGAAGAUUUAGCAAGAAGUCUGAUGAUUCCAUUCAACCGAUUGCGUCAGAUUACCCAUUUUCUCGAACAGCAGAAAUUAGUGAGAAGAUACUAUCGGAAGGAAGCAAUACAUGAUGCAAGCAUUUCAACUGCCUCACCCUCCCAUGUUUCGCAUGAUGCCCAUCUUGUUCCUACCAAUGUAGCUGGGAAAUUGAAGAUGAUCAUGCAGCCCUACUGUUGCUUACACUAUGGGCAGGUGUAUGAUGUCACACUGUAUAGGAUCCACGAGAUGAAGAAGAAAUUAAAGGAUGAAUUAGAUGGAAACUACAUGAUUCAGAACUAUGUGUGCCCUAACUGUGAGAGGAGGUAUUCAUCCCUCAAUGCACUGGAUCUUGUAAGCCAUAUUGAUAACAAUUUUCACUGCAAGCAUUGCAAUGAAGAAUUGAGUCAAGACUUUGGAGAUCUUGCUUGGGGAGGAAGGGGGGGUGAUGGUGAUAAUGCCAGAAGAGACAGGCAUGCAAAACUGAAAGAUUUUCUGCAAAGAAUGGAGCAUCAGAUGGAGCGCCUAAUAUCACAAUUGAACAAGGUAAAAGAUCUAGAUUUUCCAGAGUUUCUGGCUUUGGAAACAUGGGAGCGCAAUAUGAGAGAACCUGCAGGUGGUGAUGAUGUCAGCAGACCAAUGCUCUUCCUUGGAGAGGUAAUGUCACAUGAACAUCAAAAAGGCAGUGCAUCAUGCAUUGAUGCCGAUGAAGAGAUUUUUGAAUUUCGUGUGCAAGAUGCAAGACCGAUACCUUCAUUUGUCAUUAGGAAAGAUAUCAACCAUACGGAAGAUAAGGAAGAGCAGCUAUGACAAAUACAGGGAACAAGCUUGAGAGAUGUGCUAUAUAUGCGAACAAGCAGACUAGAAUUUUGAGACCCAAGCGUGAUCAGAUGGUGAUGAAGACUUUAUAGAUGGUGAUGAUAUAGAUAUGUAAAUCAUGUAAAUACGAAUUUUGCCCUUUCUGCCUUUCUUUUUUUUUUCGAGACAAAGCCAUUUCUGCGUUUUCGCCUUAUGUGUCUAUAAAAGAACUUACAUUCGUAAAAUGCUCAAAUUUGUAAAGGUAACAUUACUGCAUGUCUGCAUCCAGUAACGAAAAGUAUGGUCGCGUUCUUUGUUGCUUGCACAUAGUAAUUGUAGGAUGCUCGUGCAAGUUGAUGGAUGAUGACGUGAGACUGUAAUGAUGAUUUGCUGACCAGUUUUAACACAGCAAUACUAUAUGAUGUUAUCUGGACUUCCCAGUUAUGGCAAAUUGUACUUACAUAUGUGUUUGAUCGCCAUCACUGAGAUUGUUUUGCAAUAAGGUUUGUUCCAAACAAGUGCCUCUAAGAGCGGCCGUAUACAUAUUGUACGUUUCAUGGAACUCCCUACUCCCCAAGAAAUUAGGUGGAGCCUCC